CGAUCGGUCGCUCGUGUGUGACACACCCAAGGAGGUUAGAAUCUGAGGAUGACGACCAAGAAGCCCCUUGGAAGAUGCCGUAAACGUGAAGCCAGCACCGCCAUUUGUUUGCGCUCAAAACAUUGCCAGUAGCGUGUUUGUUUUGGUGUGUUGUUCAUCGAAAUAUUAAAGUAAACGUGGGAAAAAUGGUUACAUGUGUUGCGUCCGGAUGCACAAACAGAAGCGGAAAAUCAGCUGUUACUUUCCACAGUUUCCCGAAGGACAGCGCAAGGAAAAGUUUAUGGAUCAAGGCAUUGCGACGAAUAGACUGGAAACCAACUAAACAUAGUAGAAUAUGUUCAGUCCACUUCCGAGAAGCAGACAUUGAUCGAACGUCUUUAUCAAAUGUUCGCAUUAGAUGCGGCGCCGUGCCAUGUAUUUUCACAUCCUUUCCGCCGUACAUGCAGAAUGUUGGAGGAUAACCGUGGAUGAAUGAAGCCUUGAGCAUCCUCAAGCUCUCCCUCCACACGUUGAAGCUACAUUGGCCAGUUUAAUUGCUCAUGCCGAAAUGGGGGCUCUUGUGGAAGCCUCUGAAUGGGGUCUGUGCUGGGUUAGGUUGUGAAACAGAGAUGUAUUUUGCAGAAACCAUCACAAGAAAUCAUCAUACCUGUGAAACAUGAUGGGAUGAAUGAACUGUCAAGUUCCCAGGAGUAUACCAUAAUUGAAUACAUUUGCACUGGUGAGUGUAUUGGUGAGUUGGAUUAUGACAGCUAGUCAGCGAUGACAGAAUUGAGGCGCACACCCUGCAGUCUUUCUCAAACAAUUUUACAGGAACUAUUUGAAAGAAGAGCCACUGCCAGCAGAAAAUGAUGAAUGUGACUACAGAAGUGAAGUGGAAUCCCAGAGGUGUAAAAGUUAUGGAACAAAAAUGGCAGAUAUGGAAAUGGACCAACUGGUAAAUGUUAAAAAAGAGGUGGAUCCAUUAGCUACUGAAGAGCAGACUGAUACCCAUCUGCCCAAAACGCACCAUGUUUGGCUUCAUGAUGUGAAAUUAGAACCUAUUAAACAAGAACCAGAAUCAGAGCCUGAAGAUAGUGAAAAUAAUUAUUGCAUUAGUGAUAAUCCAUUGGAUUUUCCAAUAAAAGAGGAGAGCGAGGCGAAUGACUGUGAGAGUAUUUGCUCCAAUCCUCAACAGAGGAAUACCGCAGAUGGAGAUUUUCCACCAGAGUAUUUGUCUCUGUAUGAUAAAGUGAAAGUGGAAAUUACUGAAGACCAUAUUUCACCUACGAUAGAACAAAAUUUACUUAAUGUUGGUACAGGUUGUCUCAGUACACAUGGUGUUAAUGCAGAUGAAACUAAUGCAAAUAGUGUUGAUUCAGCUGAUACUGGACAAGCAGAUCUACAACAAUGGAAGUCUGUAGUAAGUCAAGCUGACAGUUUUUCAUGUAGGGAUUGUGGUGAUAAUUUCACAAAGCCGGAGGACUUGUCAAAUCACAGGCGCAAACGUGAUGAGCCCAUUACUUGUGAACUGUGUGGUAAAAAUUUUAAAUCUGAGUGUGUUCUUGCAACACACAUUCGUAUUCAUACAGGGGAGCGCCCUUUCCAGUGCAAAAUAUGUGGAAAAACAUUUUUACGUAUAUGUUAUCUUCUGAAACAUCGACGCAAAAGACAUGGCUGUAUUCAACCAGGAAUUCCUUGUAAGAUUUGUGGCAAAGUUUUUUCUAAUUUUGGUCUUUUGAGUGUUCAUACACGUGCACAUUAUAAUGUGCCAAAGGUUCUCUCAUGUGAACAAUGUGGGAAACACUUCAGACGAACAAAAUACUUGAAUCGCCACAAGAGAUGUACUCAUAGUGUUGAAAAAUUGCGGUGUGAACUUUGUGGAGAAGUUCAGGAGACACGGACAGCAUUGAUAUCCCAUGUUGUUAAGCACACAGGUGCUUUGCCAUUCAAUUGUGCUGAGUGUGAUCAGGAAUUUUCAUCUACAUUACAGCUGGCAAGGCACAGUCGAAUCCAUAAAGGUGAACUGCCUUUUGCCUGCAGUGACUGUGAACUGUCUUUCAUGACGGGGGAACAACUGCGUUCACACAAAAGGUACCAUACGGGUGAGCGCCCAUUUUGUUGUAUCUUCUGUGGGAGAGCUUUCAGGAAUGAACCAGAUCUUAUUGUUCAUGUUUAUUCACAUACAGAUCCAUAGACUGAUAUGCUUUCCAUGACAAGCUUGUUCAGUAGUGUCACUGUAUGUCAGAGCAUUACAACAUUGCUAACUAGAACUUUGAUGAAUUUAGUGGCAUGUGAUAGUGUAGAUCAUCAUCAUGACACCUUUUCAAUUUGAAUCAAAACCUGUAGUUAACUUUUUCUGAUUGAGGGCUGACUCCAUUAAAGAUUUCCAUGUCACUGUAUGUGGUACAUUUUGUAUGUCAUGCAAAACAUGGUUCUCUUAACACUACAAAAAGGAGAAGCCCUUUUCAGUGCUGUAAUAACAGUUUUUGGAUUGUGAGCUCCAAAAUAUUACCUUUUUUGCCAUUUAUGACAUACGUGUAACUUGUGUAGUGAACCACUGAAAAGCAAGGAAUAAAUUUUUUUCUAUGUGGUUUCGAUGAGAGACUCAGUCAUAUUUGUCACAAAAGGAAAUGUUUUUACAUCCAUAUGUAUGUGCAGUAUUAAGAUGAUUAAACUCUUUUAUUAGAAGUUUUCCAUUAACAUUUCAAACUUUGACACAAACGUCUACUCACUUAUUUUGCCACAGUAUAUAAGUGACAAGUACUCAUUUAUCACAAUUUUUACUUUUGAAGCAAAUCAUUCACUCAAAGUAAGUCAUUCACUAUUUACAAAGAAUAUUGUCUGUAAAGUUAACUUAAGCUAUACUGGUGCUUGUUGUUUAGACACAAAAUGUGUGGAUCAAUGUUCUUAAACUGGUGUUUACAUGAAAAAUACAUGGAUAUAGGCUGUAACGUUACUGGCGUUAAUGAUGCCCUUUGAAAGCAUUUGUAGGGGAAAAGUGAUUUAUUUCCUCUGUUCAUUGUGUGUGUAGCAGUAGCAUUGUUACACGAAGUGACGUGUAAUGAAUUUAAAGUUAGGCUAAUUUAAUAUUUUAAUUUUUUUCUCUGUUGUUUCCUGUAUAUAUGAAACAUUUUUAAUUUGUGAAUUAGGUGUUUUUUAAAAAAUGAUAUACUGUAUCUGUAAGUGCUUCUGGUUGAUAGUUUGAUGAUUUGAAACAAGCAACAAAGAUAAAGUGUAUGAACAAAAGAAGUUAUGAUCUUUGUGGAGAUUGGAGAGUAGAUGUGUGUGCAUAGUGGAAAAGAGAAGUUUGCAAUAUGGCUCAGUGAUAUACAUCGGAAUAAAACUUUUGGUUAAGUUCCUUUUCCAAGAAGGUAUGGACUGUUGGAAAUCUACUUACACAUUGUUGAAAGACUAUUGUUGCUUAACUAAAUUUUCAUUCCUCCAGUA